UUCAUGACGAGGCUGGUCAGCUGUCUGUCGGUAACCGGAGUGUAUACAUUUCUUAAUAAUAAGUCUCAACAGGAGCGCAUUAUUGUAACACAUUAUGUCUACCAACAAUAUGGCAGACCCGAGGAGACAAAAUAAGAUUUUAAGUUUUGUAUUGAGGAAAUUGACUGGCCUGCACAGAGCCCUGACCUCAACCCCAUCCAACACCUCUGGCCAGGCCUAAUCACCCAACAUCAGUAUUGGACCUCACUGAUUCUCUUUCGGCUGAAUGGGAGUAAAUCCCUGCAGCCAGGUUAAAAAAUCUGGUUGACUACCCGGAAAAGUUGGAGGCUGCCAUGUACAAGCCGCCCAGCACAGAGGCCAAUCCCACACUGGAGGACCCCACACCUGACUACAUGAACCUGCUCGGCAUGAUCUUCAGCAUGUGCGGACUGAUGCUCAAGCUGAAGUGGUGUGCCUGGAUCGCAGUCUACUGCUCUUUCAUCAGCUUUGCAAACUCCAGAAGCUCAGAGGACACCAAACAGAUGAUGAGCAGCUUCAUGCUGUCCAUCUCCGCAGUUGUGAUGUCCUACCUCCAGAACCCACAGCCGAUGUCGCCGCCAUGGUAGCUGAGAGCCAACCACAGAAGAACAUGGAAGUAAAUUGUGGAUGCUGGACUGAUUGGCCCCCCUGGCCAUCAUGGAGGAAAAACAGAGACAGAAAGGAAGAUAAAAUAAUAGAAAGAGAAGAGGUGAGGGAAAACAGAUGACCAGGAAGGGGGGGACAGUAAGGUGGACACUACGUCAAGAUGGAGAGAUCAAAUGGUCUUCGGCUGUGUUCUCAUCUUUUUCUCUUUUUAACCUUUUCUAAGUUUGUUUGACAAUGAAAUUUUACUGUUGGGCCGAUCUGUCGCAGGAUUUCGUAAAUAAAGUUGUACGAUUUAAAAGGAA